CAGUGUGUCUCCUCCCUCUGUGCAGUGGCUGCGGAACUUCUUCCUCCCCACUAGCGCAGCUGUUCCCAAACCCCAGCCUGUCCUCAUUCUGUCUAGUCCGCUCCAGCAUCCCGCUCACUGGGAUUUCCUGACCUCAGCAGGGGACCAGGGGCUGGCCGCCUCUCCACACAAAUGGCUACCCAGAAGACUCCCAUCAAGCCCAGGGUGCCCGUGCAGGGGUGACGUGCUGGUGUGGGCGGAGGAGUGAGUGUGUUUGGCCAUCAGCUGGCUGUGCAUGGCGAGCACUUUGUUGCUGGUAGCUCUGGUGAGUUUCUUUUAAUAACAGGGUGGAGGAGGUCGGGGUUUGCAGGUUCCUGGAGCGGCUGAUGGUGUCACAGGAUCUGCUGUAUUAUAUAACAGCAAUAGAUCUCUCUAACGUAUGGCUGUGGAGUAAUAUGAGGGGCUAAAAGAACAGAACAUUUAUCAAGCACCCUACAAAUGAAAGAGUAUUUGUGCCAGUCGGAUAUUCAGCUGGAAGAUAAUGAGAGGUGGAUGUCCAAUCUCCCUGAAAAACUGUGGGAUUGCCCGCUCUAUAAUUUAUCAAUUCCAGGGAGUCAUGAUACUAUGAGCUACUGUUUGGACAAAACCUCUCCAUUUAGUCCUGAGGUGCCCAAAAUUCUGCUGACACUUGCAAAGUAUGUGCCCUACAUCGUCCGUUCACUUAUUUACAAUUGGAGUACAACACAGUGCUUAAGUGUCCGAGAGCAGCUGGACGCUGGAAUCAGAUACUUGGACCUACGGAUAGCUCUCAGGCCAGAUGAUCCAUCUUUCAAUCUGUACUUUGUUCAUGGGUUUUACACAUCAGUGACAGUGGAGAAGAUAUUACAAGAAAUCUUAGACUGGUUGAAGACCCACCCAACAGAGGUGCUCAUCCUGUCCUGUCGUGACCUUGAUGCAGUUUCUCCAGAUCUUCACGCCCAUUUCACUUCCGUUAUUCAUAGAAUACUUGAUCCUAAGUUAUGCCCAAGAAACGAAUGUCCUACACUGAGGAAUAUGUGGAAACAAGGUUACCAAGUUAUCAUCUCUGAUGACAACACUUUAGCAUUAAAAGACAACUACCUAUGGCCCUCGAUUCCAUACUGGUGGGCAAACACAACUAGAACCAGCACAUUAAUUCACUUUCUGGAGAAGAAAAAACAGAAUGGACGGCCAGCUGGAUUCUUCACGGCCGGUCUAAACUUGACAGAGAAUGCGUUCUACAUCUUGAGCCACCCAUUAGGAUCCAUGAGAAAAAUGACCAUUCCUAAACUUCCAUUGCUAUAUAAAUGGGUGCAGAGGCAACAUCCAGGGAAGCAGAAAGAUGCAAUUAACAUAAUUGCUGAAGACUUAAUUGGGUUGGAUGGCUUUGUUUCUGCCGUCAUUAACCUCAACAGAAAACUUCGGCAGGAGGACGCGUCUUAUUGAUUAAUGCUCUUUUUCA